CCAGGGAGCUGUGAGGCAGUGCCGUCUGGUUCCUGCCGUCCGGACUCUUUUUCCUCUACUGAGAUUCAUCUGGUAGGUCUGCAGGCCAGUCAUCCCGGGGGCUGAAGUUGUGAAAUAUGAGUUGGCGAGGAAGAUCGACCUAUCGGCCUAGACCAAGACGCUAUGUAGAGCCUCCUGAAGUGAUUGGGCCUAUGCGGCCCGAGCAGUUCAGUGAUGAAGUGGAACCACCACAACCUGAAGAAGGGGAACCAGCAACUCAAUAUCAGGAUCCUGCAGCUGCUCAGGAGGAAGAGGAUGAGGGAGCAUCUGCUGGUCAAGGGCCGGAGCCUGAAGCUGAUAGCCAGGAACAGGUUCACCCAAAGACCGGGUGUGAGUGUGAAGAUGGUCCUGAUGGGCCGGAGGUGGGCCUGCCAAAUCCAGAGGAGGUGAAAACGCCUGAAGAAGGUAGGCAAUCCAUUAGGCAUGCACAUUGUAGGGUGUCUGUUUCCACAGUAUCAUAUUAUAAUUCCUACUAUUUUUUUGAGACGGAGUCUCGCUCUGAAGACCAGGCUGGCGUGCAGUGGUGGCAUCUCGGCUCACUGGAAAUUCUGUCUCCAGGGUUCAAGUGAUUCUCCUGCCUGGGCCUCUGGCGGAGCCGGGCUUACAGACAUGCUCCGCCGCACCCAGCUAAUUUUUGUAUUUUUAGUAGAGACAGGGUUUCGUUAUGUUGCACAGGUUCUUCCCGAACUCCUGACCUCAGGUGAUCCACCUGCCUCGACCAUUGAAAUUGCCGGGAUUACAGGCGAGAGCCACUGUGCCCGACCCAGCAUUAUAUUUUUAAUAACAGAGAGGUAACAGUACUGCCUCUUUAGUAACAGAGUUCUUAGAUGAAGGUUAUCUGAAACGUAGUUCAGGCCCCAGCACCUGACUGAUCGACUGUCAGAUAUAGAAACAAACUGAGUCAAAGCUAUGUUGAAUUAAAAGUUUUGAGUAUAAAUCCUUAAACCAGUAGCUCAUAAUUUUCAGAUGCUUUUGUAAAGGUCUGCUUUUCAUCAAUACGUAACACAUUUGUAACACCCAUCACUUGGUGUGAAAAAUGCUGAAGCACUCAUGCGGGUUCUAAUACCAGCUCUUACAGCCUUGGCGAGAUUCUGAGUGAGUCCUUUCACUUCUAAACCUAUCUUUGGUUCUUAUGAAAGUAGUGAGUUUAAGUCAGAGAUUUUAAAACCAUUUUCCAUUCUGGUUCUUUCAUACUCUGAUCCUGUUGCAUAGAAUGCAUGGGAUACACAGAUCAUCUGCUUCGCGUGAUUUGUUGAUGACAAAUCAUGAAACGCUGGCCUGAGUCAUCUGAAAAUCUCUGAAUUGAGAUUUCAUUGUCAGUAAGAAAGUGAGCGGGCACUCUGCUUCAUCCUAGUUUUUCCGUGUGGAGAGCUGAAUAUGUAGCGUAAGAUCUUGUGAAAUUGUGAAUUCUCCCUCUUCUUGGUUUGUUUGUUUGUUUGAGACAGAGUCUCAGUCUGUCACCCAGGCUGGAGUGCAGUGGUGCAAUUUCAGCUCACCGCAACCUCUGGCUCCCAGGCUAAAGCAGUCCUCCCACCUCAGCCUCCUGAGUGGCUGGAACUACAUGCACAAGCCACCGUGCCUGACUACAUUUUUUUUUUCAUUUUUGUGGAGAUGGGGUCUCACUAUGUUGCCCAGGCUGGGAUUCUCCGGCUUUUAAUGAACAAUUGCUUCUUAAAUCUUUCCCCACGGAAACCUUGAGUGACUGAAAUAUCAAAUGGCGAGAGACCGUUUAGUUCCUAUCAUCUGUGGCAUGUAGGUCAGUGAUGCUCAGCAUGGGUGUGAGUAAGAUGCCUGUGCUAUGCAUGCUCCCUGCCCCACUGUCAGUCUUCAUGAGCCACUAUUUCUAAUAAGACUGUAGACACACAUAUGAUAUAAUCAUCUCUAACCAUAUCAAAUGUUACAUGUAAGUUUCAGCUUUCGAGACAUGAAUUGAUAAGAUUUAAAGUUGAAAGACCACGACUCUAGUACUUCCCGAGUAAUCAACUGAAGUAUGUUUCACACAUGUGUUUUCCAAAUUGCUGACUGUGAAUUGUGAGUGCUUCUGAAUUGAAAGGAAGCACUUGAUGUUCAGGGAGGAAAUUACUUUUAAAUUCUGCAGGUCUACGCUCAAAGUUUAUGCAGAGGUUCAAUUGCCUGUAAGACACAGGAUCACCCAUAGGGUUCUGUUUUUAGUCCAUUUAAUAAAACCCAAACUGUAGUGUGCUUUGUAUGCCUUUAGGGUCAUCUGAAUAAUCUGUUGCUAAGUCAUGUUCCCAAUUGUUAUGUUUCUGUUACAGGUGAAAAGCAAUCACAGUGUUAAAAGAAGACACGCUGAAAUGAUGCAGGCUGCUCCUAUGUUGGAAAUUUGUUCAUUAAAAUCCUCCCAAUAAAGCUUUACAGCCUUC